AGGAAUUUAGAAGUUCCAUGCAAUGCACAGAAACAGCAGCUAACACGUGAGAUUUGUUGCACAAAGUUCAUGUUUAAUUGCUUGCAUAGAUAUAUUUUCUUCUCCCCCGGAAGCAUUAUAUAUUUUCUUCCGAGGGAAAUUGCUGUGUGCAUCAUUCGGCGGUGUAAAGAGCAGGCUGUAGGUGGAGUCUGAGUCGCUAGAUGUAAAUAUCCCCUUCCUGUGUUUUCCCUUCCCAGCCCCGUUCAGUCCCGUCCCGUCGGAUGGAUUUGUCGGAUGGCGUCUGGAUGCGCUCCCCCCAAACUACAGGAAUACAUCCUCACCGAAAAACUGGGCAGUGGAUCCUAUGCCACUGUUUACAAAGCCUACAGGAAGGUCAACAGCCGCGAAGUGGUGGCCAUUAAGUGCGUUAGUAAGAAAAGUUUGAACAAAGCCUCGGUGGAGAACCUUCUCACGGAGAUCGAGAUUCUGAAGGCCGUCAAACACCCUCACAUUGUCCAGCUGAAAGAUUUUCAAUGGGACGGGGAGAACAUUUACCUCAUCAUGGAGUACUGUGCUGGAGGAGACCUCUCCCACUUCAUCCGUAGCCGGAGGGUGCUUCCCGAGAGAGUUGUCUGCCGGUUUCUCCAGCAGCUCGCCUCUGCUCUGCAGUAUCUUCACCAGCGUCACAUCUCUCAUCUCGACCUGAAGCCACAGAACGUUCUGCUCAGCUCCCAGUCCACUCCACACCUCAAGCUGGCUGACUUUGGCUUUGCGCAGCACAUGUCCCCGUGGGACGAGAAGCGCGUUCUGCGUGGCUCUCCACUCUACAUGGCGCCCGAGAUGGUUUGUCGGCAGCAGUACGAUGCCAGAGUGGAUCUGUGGUCAGUCGGAGUCAUUCUGUACGAGGCGUUGUUCGGACGGCCACCGUUUGUAUCCAAGUCAUUUGUGGAGUUGGAGGGGAAGAUUCGCAGCAGCAAGGCGGUAGAGCUUCCGGCAGGAUCCCGGGUGUCCCCAGAGUGCCGGGAUCUCUUGCUCCGACUGCUGGAGAGGGACCCGGAGCAGCGGAUAAUCUUCGAGGAAUUCUUCACCCACCCGUUCGUUGACCUGGACCACAUGCCCGAUGCCGGGAGCCUGGACAAGGCGACAGCCCUGGUGACAGACGCUGUACAGAAGGACACGCAGGGAGACUUUGCCUCCGCCCUGUCUCUCUACUGCAGGUCUCUGGAGUACUUUGUCCCAGCCUUGCACUAUGAAUCUGAUUGUCGUCGCAAGUCAGCGAUCCGGUCUAAGGUAACGCAGUACAUCUCACGGGCGGAGGAGCUGAAGGCGCUGGUUGCCAAGGGCAACAAAGCCGACUUUGAGCAGGCCAAGAGCAAGAGAGGUCUACUGAGAGAGAUGUCCCGGGACAAGCCGCAACUACUCGCUGCCCUGGAGAUGGCGUCAGCUGCAGUCACCCAGGAGGCAGGGGGCGAUGACUCAGUGGAGACUCUGCACCUGUACCAGCAGAGCCUGGGAGAGCUGCUCCCCAUGCUGGCUGCUGAGCCACAGGGGAGAAGACGAGUGUUGCUACAUGCGGAGAUCAAGAGCCUCAUGAGCCGAGCGGAAUAUCUGAAGGAACAACUCAAGAUGCGUGAGAAUCAGAAAGAAGCAACGUCGGUGGAUCAGGACCCGUUCUCGGAGUCGAUAAAGAGCAAUUGUUCACUCCAGUGAAUGCAAACGUGCCAGAUACACCUCGACGUUGAAGUCGCACAAACUUCCCUCAAAUAUAACUGGGCCGUACCUCCAGCAUUAACUCCAGUACAUUCUGGUACAAGCCAUCCUUGAGUGUAAGUCAAGUGCAGUGUGCAGGACCAGUGAACAAAACUGCUCCAAGAAUCUUAAGUUUUAAAGUUUGCAGCCUUCCAAAAAAAAAAAAAAUCAUUCUUAGUAGAAGGAUUUAUUUGUUUUCAUAGAGGUAAUAUAUUUACCAAGUCGCUGCUGAGAGAGAGCAGUCUUAUUUAAGUUUGGCCUAAGUUAGGCUUGUAAUUUUUAGGAGAGUCCUCCUUGUCUUUAUUUUUUCCCCAAUGGUAUCACCAAGUGUUUUGGUUUACCAGGGACUCGAGAGACUGCAGAUGGUGGAAUCUUGAGGGAAAUGUCGGAGGAAAGUGUUGGAGUAACUCAGCGGGUCAGGCAGCAUCUGCGGAGAACAUGGGACCUUGGUGCUUUGGGCCGGGACCCUUGUUGGAGUAACUCACAGCGGGUCAGUCAGGGUCUGUGGAGGGGGUGGACAGAUGGCAACAUCUGUGAUAUGAAACGAGGACAGGGUUCCCCGAAACGUCGCCUCUCCAUUUUCCUCCACAGAUGCUGCCUGACCCGCUGAGUACCUCCAGCACCUUGUUCUUUACAUUUUGUUCCACUGCUUGUCCUUUGAAGUACAUCAGGGUUAGCUGCAGCAAUGGGAACCGGCCACUGAUCACCCGAACCAGGGGGCCAGCAGGUGAAAGAAAAGCAGGAGUAAUGGGUCAUUCCUUCUUGAUACGUUUGUAAGUCAUAGGAGCAGAAUUAGGCCAUUCAGCCCAUUGUGUCUACCCCGCCAAUCAAUCAUAGCUGAUGCAGGGCGCCACAGUGGCACAUGUAACAAGCUGUUUCCUCACUGCGCCAGUGAUCCAGGUUCAAUCCUGACCAUGACCAUAAGAGAUAGAAGGAGAAUUGGGCCAUUCGGCCCAUCGAGUCUUCUCUGCCAUUCAAUCAUGAUUUAUGACACCCCUACUAAUCAAGAAUCUGUCUCUCUACCUUAAAAAUAUUCAUUGACUUGGCCUCCACUGCCUUCUGUGGCAAAGAAUUCCACAGAUUCACCACCCUCUGACUAAAGAAAUUCCUCCUCAUCCCCUUCCCAAAGGAACGUCCCGUAAUUCAGAGGCUGUGACCUCUAGCCCUAGACUCUCCCACUAGUGGAAACAUCCUUUCCUUAUCCACUAUAUCCAAGCCUUUCACUCUUCGGUAAGUUUCAAUGAACUUCCCCCUCAUCCUUCAAAACUCCAGCGAGCACAGGCCCAGUGCCGUCAAACGCUCAUCAUAUGUUAACCCACUCAUUGCUGGGAUCGUUCUUGUAGACCAUCUCUGGAGGGGA